AAUGAAUGGGUAAGAUAUAUGUAUGAAAAACUUGAAAGUGGUGAGUUAACUUACGCAACAGUUUUGAAAAAAGUUCCAUAUUCUUAUCAAAAUGUUACAAUUUUCAAACAAAUUUCAAGAAAUACUCUCAAAAAAGCAUUCAAAGAAAUCGGUGGUACACCAAAAAUUAAAAGUGGUCCUCCACAAGAGGAAUUAACUCCAGAAUUAAUUUUGAAGGUUCAGAAUUCUUAUGAAAAUUACAAAUGUGGGGUUCAAAAAUUGUAUUGGACUCUCAAUAUGAAUCCAAAACAAUUUCAAAUCAGUUACAAUGCAGUUAUUAAGGCAGCAAAAUUUCUGGGAAUUUACAAAGAAAAAGAUAAAAGUAAUCCAAAAGCAUAUUAUGUGGAUUAUGAAGCAAUUCUUCCAAAUACAAUCUGGCAUGUGGAUAUUCAUUUUUUGAAAGAACCAGAAACUUUACCGGUUUAUGGAAUAAUUGAUGACAAAAGUCGUUAUUUGUUAGCA